UAAAAAGCCCGGGGAGAUUGGAACGGCGUUAAUCGAGGGUGCGUAGAAGUGUCGAUCAGAAAUCAAAGCGAAAGAAAGAAGGAAAGGAGCGGGAGAAGAAGAAAGAUGGGUUACGUUCUGAGAGUGAGAUUGGCGUCGUUUUUCGGCGGAGCUGCGGUGGCGUCGUUUCUGGGGCUCUACAUCCUCCACAAUGAUUACAAGGUCGCCCACCACGCCAUUUCUCAACAGGUGAAAGGCCUCCAUGAAUCAUUGGAUAGAAGAAUUUCAGCUCUUGAAAGCUUAAAGCCAACCGAAGCUCCACAACCAGUAGAAGCAUCCGAGUAGAUGCCUUGAGAAUGCUACUGCAACUUAAUCCCAUUACUGAAAUGAUCUUUUUUGUUUCUUCGACUUAUGCGGGUGGUUUCUAUGUUGUUUCUCCCCCCUUUCAAAGAAUAAUAAUCACAGGCAUGUUUAAUCAUUCGUCAUUUACUAGAACACGAGUAUGUUGUAUUUUUAUCAGAUGAAAACUGUUAGUAACUCUGAGAGAUACUAUGCACUGACGAGAGGUUGUUUUACUUUCGGAUAUAGUCUGUUUCAUCGAGUAUUUUGUGUAUGCCGUGUUUCACGGUGAAAGUUUCCCUGAGAAUGGAGUCAAUUGCACAAAAUUUCCCUU